CACUACAACGCCUCGGUGCCCGAGCACCGGCUGGAGCAGUACGUGCUGUACAUGGUGAACGCGGAGGGUUAUCGCACCUGCAACACCAGCCAGGGCUUCAAGCGCUGGGAGUGCAACCGGCCCCACGCGCCCCACAGCCCCAUCAAGUUCUCGGAGAAGUUCCAGCGCUACAGCGCCUUCUCACUGGGCUACGAGUUCCGCGCGGGGCAGGAGUACUACUACAUCU